CAACCUGUUCCAUAGAAGGGUUAGAUGGUGCACAUUCUAUCACCUCGUACAUGUCGCCUCAACAAGCUAGCCUCGCGAUCGUAGCAACCAUAAAUUCCCUCGCACGCAGACCGGGUUCUGUCAGCCACUCUGGUUAGGGAAUAAAUCAUGGAUUCGUAAGCUGCAAUGAGUCCCAUCAUGGGCAAGGCUUGCUCCCUUACGAUGGCCAUUGGCACAUGGCGAAAUAGUACAUCUGAUUGCAGUGCAGUAGCUUGCUUUGCGUUUCAAAGCGUUUAAUGCCAAACUAGAAUGGUUGGGUAGGGUAUUCAGCGUAAACGAACUAUUUGGACCUGCCCUAACGACACUGCAGUAUUCUCGGCGCACCCUCUACACCAGCGUGUGUACAGCGUGGCACCCUACGUGCGCGUCGGAAGUGGAAGAAGCGGCCACGAUCACCGCAACUCCAGUCGCUUAGUCCGAUCCGCAUGGAGCAUGCGCACGAGCCGGCUGUCCCAAACAGCAACGCCAAGGAAAUGGGAGCAGGGAAACGGCCAUGCGAAUCAUCUGCUACCGCCCCUCCUCCCCCUCCCAUGUGCGCGAAAGGCGUCGUCGCGUCGCUCGUGCAGACAUUCGAGGUCCAAAACCAUCCGCUAAUGAGUCAAUCAGGCGCUCGUCGGUUCGGAAGUGGCGCCGAGGCCUCUCAAGAGCGACAUUGCCGGCGAGAAUCCGACCGUCAAGAAUUCGAGGAUCAGCCUCUUCCCAAGCGCGCCAAGCUAGUUGACGUGGACGCAGUUUGUGCCGAGGGCGCUGCUGCGAUCGAUAAGCCUCCACCGCCGGAUGCUGCUGACGGACACCCGCCACGCGUCCUCGUCGAUGACCGUUGCCUUGCUGCGGAUGCAGCAGCUGUACGCAUUUUAUCGGUUCCUGCCGCCGAUAAUAGCGCAGCGGUUGACCUCCCCGUGAUCGACGAGCCAGCAGCGAUUGGACCACCUGUUGCGGGUAGCGGACCUCGCAGUAACGCGAGUAGUGCACCUCGUGAUGCUACUGAUGCUCCCCUGGACGAGCUAUGGCGGAAGGCUGAGAUGCGGGCUGUGACCGCGGAGGUGGCGGACGGUGAGAAGCGGUUGAAAGCGCUGGAGGCGGAGAGGGAUGCACGGGAAGCGCGGGUCGCGCGUGCCAGCGAGAGAUGCAGUCAGGCGGAGGCGUCAGUCCAGCAAGCCACGUCAGCAGUGCAGUUGGCCCAGCAUGCGCAGUGCUCCCUGCGGGCGGCAGAGUGGGCGGCGGCAGUGCGAGUGAGGGAGGGAGUGGUGGCAGCAGAUGAAGGUAGAAGGAGGCUGAAUCAGCUGCUGAUGCUGACAAGAUUGGACACAUCAGGGGAUGGGGUUGAAAUCAAAAGUACCCCACAUAGUGACGUGCUGAUGCUGACAGGAUCGGAAUUACCUGGGGAGAGAGAUGAGAAGGAGAGCUCUGCGCAUAGCUUGCUUCAACGGAGGGAGCAGCAGGAGGCGACUUGUGGGGCGCAGGGAAGUGAGGAGGGAAGAGAAGAGGGAAGAGGGGAGGGAAGAGGGGAGCACGCAGUUAAGGAGGGUGGGGAGCUGAAGGGACUGCCAUUGGAUGCAUGGAAAAGCCUGCAGAUGGCAGCCGAACGCCUCUCUGCUGCAUCUUUUGCCGCAACGGACCAUGGAGUUGACUUGGCAGGUGUGGAGGAGCAUGUGCUGGUUGUGAAUAGACACUGGGUAAACUACAUAAAACUGCAGCAUGCUCUGUCAAAGUGGGAAGAUACAGGCCAGUUUUGAGUCGACUCAAUAGUGGAGGAGGAUGUACUGGGUGUGAUGAAUAGGAGAUGGAUUAAUAAUGUGAAACAGCAGCCCGCUCUGUCAAAGCUGGAAGAUACAGGCCAGAAACAAUUGGUGGUGCAUGGGUUAGAUCUGGGACUCUUUAUGUCAGAACAGAAACCGUACCAUAUGUUGUAAAAGCAUACACUAUUUGUGCAGAAGGAACAG